AUGCAGUCAAAUGAUCUACAUCAUUCAUCAACAAAUUCAUUUGUACGUUCACCUCAUUUACUUGCUAAUGAUUUACAAUCACAGUUAACUAUGCUUUAUGCACUUACUCAGCAACAAAUAUCAUCGCCAUCAUCAUCAUCUCCAUCUGAUUUAACAUUAGAAUCUCAAAUAAAACGUAUCAAAAAAACAAUGCCACUGCCAAAUGAACCUCCUUCUCAAAUACCAUUAAUAUCUGCAACAAAUUCUCGUUCAAGUUCAACUAGUGAUCGUGAAGUUGUUAAAGUUGUUACAACAGCUGGACCACAAUGUGUUGAUAAAGAAUUUUUAACUCAAUUAUUAUUACGGAAAGAUGUUAUACCUGCACGAAAACGUCGUGAUUUUAUUCCAAAUGAAAUGAAAGAUGAUCAUUAUUGGGAAAGAAGACGUAAAAAUAACUUAGCUGCUAAACGUUCACGUGAAAAACGACGUUUCAAUGAUAUUGUUUUAGAAACAAAAGUUGUAGAAUUAUCAAAUGAAAAUGAUGCGCUAAAAGCAAAACUUCAUUUAAUGUUAUCACGUUUAAAUAUGAAAGAAACAGAAAUGGAAAGUUUAUUCGAAGAAGAACAACGUCUUGGUCAUAUCUGUUUGAAACCAGCAACAUUAGCAUCAACAAUGCUUAGUCAUCGUACAGGUACAAGUGAUGAUGAUGAUUAUUCAUCACAAUCAACAAGACCAAAACAUUUUUCAUCAUCUGAAACUCACGAUGACGAUGAAGUAGAAUCAACAACAUUUGAUGAUAAUCCUUUACAUACACGUGUUCAACAUCCAUUACUUUAUAAUCAAUUACUUGGAAGUAAUAAUGGAAAUGGUGCAGUUGAUUUAAGUCGAACAGAAGUUAAAACAGGAAAUUUAUUAACAACAAUUUCAAAUAAAAGUCCACCACCAUUAACACCAUCACCAUCACCACCAAAUGAAUCUUUAUUACAAAUUCUUGCUAAUCAAAUUCUUAAAACAAAACAACCUGAAGCUAUAACAUCCUCACGUUUAUUAACAAUUGCUUCACCAACUGAUACUAAACCAAAUCUAUCAACAUUGAAAAGAAAUUUUAAUCAAAUACAACAAGAUGAUGAACAACAAAAAAAAUGGGAUGAAGCAGCAAUGGCAUUACUUUCAUUAAAUAAACCACCACCACCUCCACCAGCACCCACUGAACAACAAACAGCACUUCAAUCAGUUUGUCAAUCAGUUAUUAAUGGUUUAUUACGUAAACCAAAUCCUCCUCGUGCUACAAUUGAUUAUCAUAGUAAUAAUCAACAACAAAUGCAAGGUGAAAAUUUCCAUCAUCAUCACCAUCAUCAUCACCAGCAACAACAAGAACAACAACAACAACAAGAUAAUAUCAAUUCAUUGAAUCAAUUAAAAACAUUAAUGAAUUAUUUUUCUACAUCAUCAAAUAAUUCUUUUUCAAUGCCGCCAUUACAACAAUCAUCAACAUGUGUUUCCCAACAAAUUCAAACAAUUAAUAACCAUACACAACAAUCACAUGAACCUCGAGGUGAUAUGAUGCCUUUAAAAUUGCGUAUGAAAAUGUUGAAUGCUAAAAGUUAG